UUAUUUAUUGCAAUUAUAAAAUUAAAAUGGCAGCUAAUAUCAGAGGGUUUAGAGAUUACAACACAGAAGCUAGCGAUCAUGAGAGACAGAGGCUAAAUCCUGGCCAGAACAAUAAUAUCAACGGUUUUGACAUGUUCAGUGCUGGUGGAAUCGGUCAGAAGCAACCUAAGGAUGAGAAUUAUUGGAACAUGCUUCAGUAUAACCUCUGUCCUAAGUUCAAAGUAGUUAGUUUUACAUUUGCAUUCACCAUAAUAAAUCUGGUUAUCUUCCUUACAGUGUUUUGUUUCAGCCUGAACAAUCUGGAUAAUGAUGACUUCAUGGGAAUUCCAGCCAACAAGCUCUCCUCUUUUGGUGCCAAAAAUCCUUAUAAAAUUAGAAAUAAUUAUGAAGUAUUUAGAUGGGUGGUACCCAUCUUCUUGCAUGCUAAUUUUAUGCACAUUUUCUUCAACUCAGUCACCUUGUUCUGGGUAGGUUUCAACAUUGAGCAUAAUAUUGGAGCACUACAAUUCUUCAUCGUCUACAUGUUAUCUGGGAUUGGCGGCUUCAUCUUUAGCUCCUGUGUGAGCGACAGUAUCGCUGUAGGUGCCUCUGGAGCUAUCUUUGGAAUUAUUAGUGUGAUGUUCGUAAAUCUUCUGAUGAACUGGAGAGCACUUUAUAACUCUGGCGCUCUCAUGCCGACCCUAAUCAUGAUCCUUUUGCUUGUGCUGAUGGCCUUCGCAUCAGGAGAUAAUGCUGAUACCUAUGGACAUUUUGGUGGACUUCUAACAGGCUUUUUACUUGGUGUAAUUUACUAUAAAUACGAUACCCACGGCAGAGAAAACACAAAAAGAUUAUCCUUCGCAGGAUGGGUUGCUCUAUUUUUCUAUGUUGGCUUAACUGCAGGCCUUGUUACAGUCUUCUUCACAGUCAGACAUCCAAGCUUAAAAGCUUAA